AAAAAAAAAAAAAAAAAAAAAAAACAGUGGGUAACUGUGAAUUGGGGAUUACAUGGGACGCUAUGUGUUGUCGAUACAAAUUUGAAUGCAACGAGAAUUAGCAGAAAGAAAUACCAAAGUGAGGAUCGUAUAGCUGUGGAGCGGGAGCGGGACAUCCCUCUGUGUUGCUGGGACACUCCAGAAACAACCUCUUCCUCAUUGAAGACCCUACUCUGAUGUGAGAUAAACAGAUUGCUCUGUUGGAAACGUCCUUAAAGUUAAGGAUCAGCCUCACAGUGGUGGAAAUUCCAGUUGUUUUGGACAAGUCAGGUUUUACGGGCAGUGUGAGUGCUUCUCGCCCACCAGAAUGUACCUCGGACAACAGAUACCAUAGCCAAAAUAGAUCUUGGCUUCCCAAAGAUGACAAGGUGCUGGCAGGGCGCAGCAACAAAAUAAUGGGAGGCAGUGAGACCGUCAGCGGAGACAAGGAUGCGGUCCACACUGCUGCUGUGCAUGUCCCCAUUGGCUGGCUCCGGAGAGUGGAGGCAGGGCAGGUGACCUACGUCAGUCCCAGUGGAACAACCCUGUCCACACUGGAUGAGGUCAAGACCUACCUGCUGACUGAUGGUACCUGCAAAUGUGGUCUGGAGUGCCCACUCAUCAUUCAUAAGGUUUUCAACUUCAGUGUUGGUGUGAAGGUGGAACAGAACAGUCAGCCGUCAUGUAAAGCAGAGCAGGACAUGACCAAAUUGUGCAAUCACCGCCGGAAAGUGGUGGCGAUGGCGGCUCUUUGUCGGAGUAUGCAGGCCUCACAGCUUCCGUUUACCAACUUUCAUCAUCCAGAUGUACCUCGAGGGGAAAGCAAAGAUCCAAAAAAGGAACAUUCAGAGCGUAAAGAAGAUGACCGUGGACUUUUUUAUUCAAAACACAAUCCAGUACCAACUCGGGGACACAGCAACAAUCACCCGAACCCGUGCCCCAGCCCUAAAUCCUCCCAUCAGUUUAUCUAUCCAUAUAAUGGUUCCUCCUCUGUGCUUAAUACUAGCACCAAUUGUCACCAUCCGCUGGAUGCUUAUAGGAGACAUCAUCAUCAUCCUCCUGUGUCAGCAUCCUCCAUUGCCUCCUCUAGCUCUUCGUUUCCACCUCACAGCCCUGCCCAGAGGUCACCCCACACCCCAACACCUCAAAACCCCAGUCAAGGUCAAACAACACCCAAAACCCCUGAGACCCCUGGCUCUCCUUGGUUAGGACCCCUGUCUUCGCCCCCUCCCUCUUCCCCAAUGGCCCUAGGAGGAGUGAGAGGGGCACAGACUCAUACUCAUUUCCCCUUAACUCCCCUUUCUCCAUCUAACUCCUUCUCCCCUUCUGUCCAUACCAUGGGUAUGUCUUCUCACCAGCGGUCCCGCCACCCAUCAGCCUCUCCCUCUUCUGUGUCUGAGCAUGGAGGAGGCACCGCAGAAGCAGGAGGACUGAUGGGAAAUAACUUGCCUCACAGAAGGAAGUCUGCCUCUUCCUCUCCGCACUCUCCAGUCCCUGGCGGCUCCCCUCUUCCCAGCCCCCACUUCCCCAAAUGCAAGCUGGAAGAUAUCUUGGAGCAGUUAAAGAACUCAGGCAACAGCAGCACUAAUAACCACCACAUCCUGAACCUUGCUAAUCCUUCAUUACUGACCAACCAAAGCAGUAGUCACCCUCAUGCUGUCUCCUCAAAGCCCUCUAAGAGCACCGUGACUCCAGCCGACAGUGCAGGACCAAAAGCUUUUGGCUCGAAUCAGUCAGGAGCCUCUAACAUGCCUCUGGGGCAACUGAUGAACCACCACUAUAGCCAUCAGGGCAAGCUGCCGCACCCAGUUCCCUUCCCUGCCAGUAGCCUGCUCUCUGCAGCAGCCAAGGCUCAGCUGGCUAACCAGAUAACCCAGGGCUCACACGUGUCCAGCAGUCCAGGGAACUUGCACUCCUCUCUGGAUGUUUUGAAAGAGGCACAACAGCAACAAAAGGUAACAAACAGCACUUUACAUAACAGCACCACUCCCCCCUCCAUUGCUUCUGCUAGGCUUCCUCAUCCCUCCCUUGCAGCAGCUCCUGCUGUACUCUUUUCCCCAUCCCAAACUCUGGCCCAGUCCCCGGUGUCCUCCUCGCCUCCAGCAGCCGAACGCAACGCCUCGCACAGGAAGAGACAGCGGCGAUCUCCCACGGUCAUCAGUAUGCUGAGAGACACGCAGCCGCUGGCCAAUGGGGUUCGAAAGACUACAUCUGAUGAGGCUGUGUCUGCUACAGUUAUCAACCUUUCCUCAUCUUCCACAUCCUUCCCUUCCACCCCUCUCUCCUACUCUACCUCAGCUGUGCAGAAUCGGAGUACUGUCACGUUGGAAAACCAUCAUCUAAGCCUCCCCGGGCAGAUGCCCAGACUCCUUCCUCCUACAGGACAUCUUUCCAGGCCUCCUCGGCCGAACGAGGCUCUGAAUUUCACUACAGCCCUGACGCCCACAUCUCUUGGCUUGGAUCCCCCGACCCAGCCCCUGUCCGCUCUGUUACACCUGCUUAGUGUGCAGAACGCACAGGCUACCGCAUCAAACUCGGCCUCAGCUCAGUCUAGAACGAGCGACGGAGGUGGACACACUAAUGAACAGAUCCUGAGGCAGUCCCAAUCCUCUCCACCUGCUAAUUCUAAUGUCAGGCACCUGCAGACUCGACCCUUAUGCCAAACGGAUAACACUAAUCCCCUACCACUGCUGCAGCAGCCACUUUCUUCCCCACCAACCUCCUCUUCUGUGACAUUACAGUCUCAGUCUCCUCCACAUUCUACAACAUCAAAUCCACUUCAAAGAGGCUCUCCUUGUAAGUCAAAUGAAGUUGUGCAGAACAACUGUGACCCACCCCACCGGACAUCUUCCUCUGUGGUAGACAUGGAUCAGCCAUCUGAUAAUCACGUUCCCACAACAGACUCUGUUUCCCAAACAUCGGUGGGGCUGAGUCAUACUGAAGCCAAUGCUUCCACAGGAGCACCGUCUUCUCCAAAGCCUCUGGAUCUUAGUAACCAUGUCCUGGCUCUUUUCUCUGCGCCCUCCACCAUGACCCAGGAGGAGGCAGAUUCCUCCAGCUAUGCCACUGUUGCUGAUGUUUCUACCCCAGAAAAUCCUACAGCAGUUCAAGAGGAGGCUGAACAUUUGGACCCAAAGACGUCUUCGAUGACAUCCCCUCCAGCCUCCACUAGUCCCACAUUCACUGCCUCUGCAAACCAAGAAGAGGAUCACAGUCGGGCCAGCUCUCCAAAUGUGUCAGAUUCAUCAGCGCCCUUAGCUUUGGCCGAAGCCUUUCCGUUCAUGAACCAGGAGCAGCUGCUUCAGCUGCUGUCAUCUACAGGAGGCCUACCAUCCCUUCUGGAUUCCACAGUCCUGGCUUCGUUGCCCCUAGGGGGGCUUUGGUUGGGAGGGCAGCAUGCACAGUUACCCCCUGCCUCGGUUACACCUCAGCCACCAGAGCAGCACCAAUCAGAGCAGCCGCAUUUACUGGUGCAAGACACACAGCAACAGAACCAAGACCAACAACAGAAGCAGCAGCAGGUUAACAACAAUCCUUUGUUUCCUUUGUGGCCUUUGUUGAGCGGAGGACAAGGGGAGCUGCCACUGAAUCUUUUGGGCCUCCUGAACCCACUUGCUGCCUCUGCACCAUCUGCAGGACAGGAACCUGAUUUAACAGAAAGAACAAGUCUACAGGCCCUGCUCAUGGCUUCUGUUUUAGUCGGGCAGCAGCCAGCCUCUUUGUUACCUCUGUCUGUGCUGGGUCAUCUGAACCAGAUCAGCUUAGAAGUUCCUAUUCAGCAAUCGCAACAGAUCCCGGCCACUUUGGAGGGCCUCAACCUGGAUAAGACCUCCGCCCUCCUUGAUCCAACCUCUCUCACAGGCUCUGGUCUCUUAGACAUAUCCCACGGCCUUCUUCCUAUUACUGCUGGAGCAGAGAACCCUAUCCAAGCCCUGCAGUCUCUGCUCCUUCCUGCCACUCUUCCUCCUCCCCCUGCAGCCUUCCUGCCCCUCAGCCCUGCUCUUCUCACAGCUGCCCUGAGCUCUGCUGAGCUCCACUCUCCUCCCAAUACCCAGUUAGCUCCCGCACAGCAAACCCAACAUCCCCAACCUCAGGUACCAACCGAUACAGCUGUUGACACCCUCAUUCCUGUGUCCCUCCAAGGCAAAGACAACGCCCUCCUCCAACAAUUACUUCCCACUUUGCUUAACCCCUCUAUGUUAGGAGACGUUCCUGCCAUCGCUGGGCUGCAGAACAUGGUCGGCAUCGGAGCAGGUUCCAUUUUUCUGUCCCCUGUUCAAGCUUCUGCUUUGGGUUUGCUGCAGAGCCCUGAUGGAGGAAUCAACUUACUCAAUAACAUCCAGCUGAACCUCGCACCACCCUCGGAUGGAGAGAAACCUGGCUCUCUGCAGGAAACCCAAAGAUCGACAGCACAGGAAGAUUUACCCGGCAGUGAAAUUACCCCUGAAGUAGUCCCAUGUUCUGUUUCAGCUCUGGCUCCACCCUCUGCUCAAGAACCCACCCCGCCGGCGCACAGGGUGUCCGAGAGCAGGUCUGUCAUUGACCCUUACACUUCUUUCAUGGACACUAUUUACACUUCUUUUCUUCAAGUGAGUGCUAAAGAGCAGGAAGACGGGGCUCAGCUGGGGCCAUCGGACCCCACCUCACCCUUCUGUGCCUUACCACCGGUUUCUUUUCCUUUGGAGCACCACAGCUCAUCCACUAAUGUCCCAACUCUGCCCCAGGCAAGUGCCCCCGUCUCUCUAAGCCCACGGCGAGCUUGUUCACUUCGCAACCCAGACUUAUCACGACUCAGUCUAGAAGCUACAGCUCAUUCUCCGGCCCAGGGGACACCUAAACCCACCGAGGAUGGGCCUACAUCUCCCCUCCAGAGAAAGCCCGUCAUAGAGGGACCUACCCACCUGGAUCCCCCUUUGCCACCUAAUUACUUGGAGGAAACUAAAACAGACUGUACUGGUGCUGCAGUCGCUGUUUCUCCUUUUGUGGAGACAGGCGUGGAUAAGCAGGGACAACCCCACCAUGUGGGAUACCUCAGUCCCAGAGACGGAUGCAGCGAGAGACCCAAUGAGGAGACGGCGGAUCCACUCCUGCUCACUGGACAGGGCAUGGGUCAAGCAGGGGCGGCGGGUGGAGCCAGAAGAGGAAGAAAAAGAAAACAAACGCUUCAGAACGUUCUAGAGGAUUUCAGAGACAUGGAUGCGACAGCACUAGAGGAAACCAAGGCUACAGCAGAACUCCUGAAGCCGGACAGGUCUGUGCGUGGUAGACGGAGGCGAGGUACCAGAUCUCAGAGGCAGUGAUUAGUGGAAGAAUCUGUUCAGCAGUAAGCAGUCGGCCAGACACCUCCCUACGAGUCCACUUCACCUCUCUGCUGUCCUCACUACUGCUAAGACCUUUUAAUGGAAAAACCAACUGCACUAAUCAGAUGCUGUUGUCAGGUCAUGAAUACGGCAACCACUAUUUAAAAUAACGCAUAGGAGAAAGAUAUAGUCAGAUGAAUUUAUUUUUAAACCGUGGGGUUU